AUGGGAUUCGUUCAAGCAGAAGGUCUAGUGCUUGUGCAGCUCUCAGUGCUUCUACUGAGCUGCUUCAUUGUGCUUGGUAAAGAAAUUGAGUCUUUGGCACCCAAUUCUCAUGCACCAAGCCAUGCACCGGCUCACUCACCAAGUCACCACCAUCACCACCACCACCACCACGGCCACCCUCCCAGCCAUGCGCCAGUUCACCCUCAUAGCCAUUCACCGGUUCAUCCACCAAGCCAUUCACCGGUUCACCCUCCUAGCCAUUCACCGGUUCAUCCUCCAAGCCAUGCACCGGCUCAGUCACCAACUCACCACCACCACCACCACCAUGGUCAUCCUCCCAGCCACGCUCCAGUUCACCCACCAAGCCAAUCACCGGUUCACCCUCCUAGCCAUUCACCGAUUCACCCUCCAAGCCACGCACCGGCUCACUCACCAAGUCACCACCACCACCACGGUCACCCUCCCAGCCACACACCGGUUCAGCCACCUAGCCACGCCCCGGUUCAACCCCCUAGCCACCCUCCCACUCACCAUUCACCAUCCCCCAGUCCAAGCCACCCCCCGGUUCACCCUCCACAAUCCCCACCAAAGAGCUUUGUAGCGGUUCAAGGCGUUGUCUAUUGCAAAUCCUGCAAGUACUCUAAGGUUGAUACCCUCUUGGGUGCCUCACCACUUCAAGGGGCUACUGUGAAGCUGCAGUGCAACGACACUAAGAAGCCACUAGUGGUCAAAGCCAAGACAGACAAGAAGGGUUACUUCUUCAUCACGGCACCCAAGCACAUAACCUCCCAUGGGGCCCACAAGUGCAAGGUCUCGCUUGUCUCGUCACCAUCUGCCUCGUGCUCUAACCCGUCUGAUUUCCAGGGUGGUCUGAGGGGUGCCAUCUUGAAGCCAGAGAAGCCAUUUGUCUUCGGAGAACUCCCAUUUUUCCUCUACUCUGUUGGCCCAUUUGCCUUCGAGCCUAAAUGCCAUCAUUAA